AUGGAGGCGGAGGUGGGGGCGCCGAAUCUCCCGCUGCCGGAGCCCGCCGGAUCGGAGCCCGACGACGCGCGCCUCUCCCCGCCUCCUCCUGCUCCGCCUCCUCCUCCUCCGCCCCCGCCACCUCCCGCCCCGGUCCUGCCCCCGACCCCCGCCGCCGAGGCUGCCGCUCCCACCGCCUCCGCGGCCGUCUCGCCACCGGCUCCAGCGCCGGCGCCGGCGCCGGCGCCGGCGGAGGCCAACGGCAACUCCGACAGGAAGAGGAGGAGGAAGGCGGAGGACGGGGACGGGUGCAAGACCUGCAGCUGCAAGAAGUCCAGGUGCAUGAAGCUUUAUUGUGUGUGCUUUGCUUCUGGGUCACGUUGUACUGAGUCAUGUGGAUGCGAACCUUGUGAAAACAAGCAACCACUGCAAGUUGCUCCACGGACUGCACCGGUUUUACCUCUGAAACCUGUCCAAACAUCAGAAGCUGGUCAAGACAUAGUGGAACAAGUCAUAAGGUCCCCUAUGGAUCUUAUUAGAAGAAAAUGCACCUGCAAGAAGUCAGGCUGCCUUAAAAAGUACUGUGACUGCUACCAGGGAGGGGCAGGAUGCUCCAUCAACUGUAAAUGCGAUGAUUGUAGAAACCCAUUUGGGAGAAAAGUUGGCGUUAUUUUGGAUGGUAAAAGCAGUGUUGCUGCACCUAUACUGCAGGAAAGAAAUGGGACUGAAGUUGACUCAAGCGACGACGAAGAUGACUUCUACAUCAGCAGACAACUCUCCCCAAUCCCUCCGUCUCCAGUGUCCAGGGAGUCUUCAUUCCAACAGGAGACUCUAGUCGGCGUCAAGUCCAGACCAUGA